AUGAUUCCAAAAUUUUCCGAAUUAAAACAAUCCGAAAUUUCCUCACUUUAUCACGAUAAUUCAAUGGUCUAUCCAGGCCGUGACGCACUGCGAGGCAUUUUUGGCGGCGUUCAAAGAGAAUCAAUUCAUCCUCGAGAAUUACCAGUUGUUUUAACAUCAUUG